AUGGCAUUGGCCGUGCCGGUGCAUUUUCAAGAGGUGCACACGGACUUGUACAGAUCAAGCGCCAUCUUGCCCGCUCAUCUCAACUUCAUCCGCACACUCAAGCUAAAGACACUCGUCAUCUUAUCCCCCGAACAAACCUCGAAGCCCUUGUGCACCUUUUGCGAGCAAGAGCAAGUGGAGAUUGUUUCGUUGGGCCUGCAGAGUAUCCUGCCUGGACUUGGCGGUGUUACGCUUGGACAGACGGCGAGCUGGCGACCGUUUAGCGAUGAAUUGAUGAAGGAUGCUAUUGAGCUUGCGCUCGAUAGGGACCGGUAUCCGAUCAUGUUGAUGGACUCAUCUGGCAUACACGUGACGGGCGUCAUGUUUGCCAUCUUGCGUAAGCUGGAGCAUUGGUCCUUCUCUGCGGCCAUAGCAGAGUAUAUCUCCUUUGCAGCUUCGAAAGCCCGUUUUCAAGCAGAGCAAUACGUCGAGCUGUUCGAUACGUCACUGAUCGCGAUACCUCAAAACCCACCACAGUGGUAUGCGGACAUGGAGGACUCGCUCACAUGA